CAGCCAGUGCGCCAGAAAGUGAAUAGACGAAGAAGUUGCCUUGUGCUGGUCAAGCCGUUAGUUUGCUGGAGCUUGCUGACUGGACCUCGCUGACUGCACCAGUGACAGGUUAGCAGUUGUCCAGAAUGGAUUAUUCUGCAACCCAGAAAGGUUUCCGACAGCAGCCCAAUGUACGUCUACGAAAUAAUUUGAUGGAUGAUUCGGAUGGCAGCGAGUUGUUCGAGGACACAAGUGGCUGCGCUUCACCGACAUCCCACCAGAGGAAUCUACAUAGCGGACGUCCGAUGGCAGGUUUCCCGGGCGAAUCCAUGCUGUCGGACCCCGUGUCUAACUUUGCCAUGGCUUAUGGCAGCUCACUGGCAUCUCAGGGGAAGGAAAUAAUGGACAAGAAUCUGGACAGAUUCAUCCCGAUUUCCAAGCUGAAAUACUACUUCGCUGUGGACACGGUGUACGUGGGAAAGAAGCUGGGUCUUCUAGUUUUCCCUUACAUGCAUGAGAACUGGGAGGUGAGCUACCAACAGGACACUCCUGUGGCACCGCGCUUUGACAUCAACGCUCCCGAUCUUUACAUCCCCGCCAUGGGCUUCAUCACGUAUGUGCUAGUGGCUGGGCUGGCCCUGGGCACACAAAACAGGUUUACUCCCGAGCUGCUGGGGGUUCAGGCAAGCUCGGCGCUGGUGUGGCUCAUAAUGGAAGUUUUGGCAGUCCUCCUGUCACUAUACCUCGUAACCGUUAACACCGACCUCACAACCAUUGACCUGCUUGCCUUUGCUGGAUACAAAUAUGUCGGGAUGAUCAUUGGUGUCGUCGCAGGACUCCUAUUUGGGAGGCCAGCCUACUACAUCUCUUUACUCUGGUGCUGUGCUUCCAUUUUUGUAUUUAUGACCCGCACCCUGCGUCUGAAGCUUCUCUCCGAAGCGGCAGCAGAGGGAAGGCUAGUGAGAGGAGCCAGAAACCAGCUGAGGAUGUACCUCACCAUGUGUAUAGCGGCGGCCCAACCCCUUUUCAUGUACUGGUUCACCUAUCACCUCAUCAGAUAAACACACCCGCACUGGGGGAGAAGGAGACACGCACACAUGCCUUCACCUCUCACAGCACAGCUGGUAUUUUUUUGUACUGCCAUGUUAUUGUCCUUAAAACAUUCAACUAAGUUGUUUUUCUACACUGUGUAAUUACUUCUUAAAUAUUUUUUUGUUUUUUAGCAAUAUUUAAAUGUAUCCUGUAUGUUUGUUAGACGCUGCAUUGGUCUGCAUAAAUGAUAAACGCCACAACUUAAAAUGCUUUCUUUAUAAUCAGUGAAAGCAAAAGCACACUCAAGAGUAACGCACAAUUCUAUCAAAUGUCUGAUCCUUCAUCAGUUAAUCUGAACUAAAAUGUCAUCCUUCCGGUGCGGUUGUGCUCUUAAGCUUUGCGCGCUUUGUGACAUGGAGGUCAUAGAGCAAUGAUAGAUCUCGGUAAGUAACAGUGAUGAUGUUUUGAUAUCCUUUUGAGAAACAAUGUAAAUUAUUUGUUGCAUUUCAUAUUGAAAGUCAGGUGGAAUAAAGGAAAAAUAUUAAUACUA